UGGUCACGUCAGUUACUAGCCGCUACAUGUCCUGCUGCGCUGGAAGAAUAUGGGGGUGAGAUGGGGGUCCCUGUCUCAUUCAUGAACGGAAGCAGGUUCACUUUUGUCCGCAGAUCGUCUUUGCGACAGAGAGGAGCCAGAUGGAAGGAAGAGAGCUGSAGGAAGAGGAUGGACGCUUCCGAAGGUCUCCAAAGUUUCCGGUGUGGAUCAUUGAGCACAUCUGGGCUCACAAGAUGAUGGACAUACAAGAAGUCGUCGACCCCUCCAGCUGGCCAGAUGUGGACUCCCAGCCUCUGAGCCUCGAAGACUCGUGGAGGCUGCGCGUCGUCUCCGCUCAAGUUUACUCCAUCGUGAAAAACAGGGACAUGAAGAACUACGAGAGAGUGAUGGGGUUUUUGGACGCCACCUACAGACUUCUGCCCAGACUUGUGCGCGCCAUCAAACACAUGAAGAUCAUGUUUGGACUCAAGACGAUGGUAAUCAUGUGGAUGCUAAAAGAGGGCAAAGGAAUGAUCGACACUGUGUCUAAAGUUGGACACUUCUUCCCAAACAAACUACCUCAAUACCAGGAUCAAUGUAGUCAACGUGAAAUGUUCCUGAUGAGGAAGAACCACGUCGACUUCAAGAGUUUUGCACAAACACUCGCUCUGAACAAGAACAGACUAGAAGAAUAUAUGAAGAAUCAAAUGGAGGAGCAGUACGGGGAACAUUAUGCUCAGAAAGUCGAGGACAGGCUGCUGCACUAUCUGCAGGAGCUGGAGUCUGCUCUGCCAGGAGACACCUACAUCGAUAAGAUUCUGAAGAAACACAGUCCUGUGACGGAGGAGGAGAAGUUACUUUUGGACGUAAUAACGUCCGACUCUACGACUAUCGCAGCAACUCUGAGGAAACUGCUGCACUGCGACGUUGCCAUCCGUCGUCCAGAAGCUGAAGUCUCUCAGCUCUCUAAGUCAUCUCUGUGUGGGAGCCCUGCAGAGUCAGAACAGAGUCCCCUCUUGUUGGAGAAUGAAAACAGUUCAGAAGUUCGAGAAGGGCAGCAGCCAGAGGACGAGGCUGAAAGAACCCUGGAGGACAGGAGAAAUGAAAAAGAGGAAGAGUUGAGUCAGAGAGGCCGAGGCGGUGGUAAAGAGGUCUCCUCCUCGCCUCAGUUCUGCUCCAGACACCAGCGCUGGGUGAAGAACAUCCUGCGAGGAUGUCUGGAUGAAUGCUCCGAGGAGCUGCUGUAUCAAACUGGUGGUUCCUCGUCUCCUGUGUUGUUCCAGUCGUCUUCCUCCGCCUCUUUAUCACCAGACCUGACCCCGUCUGACCUCGUCCCCUCUCUUACUCGUCAGCCACCUUCACAGACCUCCACCAGUUCACAGGCAUCAAAAACCUCAAACCCGGGACARAGAAGUAGCUCAGGAUCUCCUGGAGCAAACGAUCCGUCUCAAAGAGAACCUCCAACAAAAAACACUCCACYUCUGCUGUCACCGGUGGUCCGACUGGUGGACAUCGCCUCCUUCUGGAGGAGACACCAACACGUUUCUUCUAAUCCUGCGACUGUUUUCAUUCCUGAACAAACAUCUCCUCUGUCACUCCGCUGUGAAUCGGGAAGCAAAGACUCCGUGUCUGUUUUAGCAGAAACUCGCCCAAACGUGCAAACGUCGUCUGUAACUCGGGAUGUAUCUGAGCAGAGCAGCCGUCAGCCACCGACUCAACAAACCUGGUCCAAACUGUCACUGAAGUUCAGACGGGCUUGUGCCGGCAGCAGAGCUUCACAGUCUCCUCAACAAGUCGACCAUCAGAACUCGGACAAACCUCAUCCUGAGACACACGACACCAAACCCGCCUCGUGUCUCCCGGUCUCGUCCUCCAGCUCGUUGCAGCCUUACGUGAGACUCACCCGACUGAGCGUCCAGGAGUGUCAGCGAGCGACUGAAGGCAGAGCCUCCACCGGAUGGGAAGAGGCCGACCGACGGACAAAUCAGACGCAGGAUUCUUCUUUUGGAGAACCUUCUUCGAGCAGCGAGUGGGAGGACUGGACUUCUUCGAGCAGCGACUGGGAGAACUGGGCUGAUCCCGACCCUGAUUACCGACCUCACGUUAAUAAGAAAAGACUUCUGUUGGAGUACGAGAGCGCACGGACACUAAAACAAACAUGAGAGCRUGGGAACGUGUUUACUGUAAUCUGAAUUUUUACUGAUGACUGAAAGAGACGUGUCAGUAUGUUGACACAAAUCAUUUUAGUACAGAUGUUUUGGGUUUAUGGAUCCAGAAAACAUCUUUACAAUGUCAAAAUGAACAGAAGGAAACAUUGACAAAGUUAGCUGCACUGAAACUUUUACUCUACAUUUUAAUAAAGAUAGUUUGGGAAAGUAGCUAUUACAAUUUGUGACUGACAAUACCCAACACAGCUUGUGUAAAAAAUGUUUUUUUUAGGCUGUGGGUGGCACAACGGAGCAGUAGUUACAGCUGUCAGAAUCAAUGCAAAUAAGUGUUUUAUAAUGUAGAAAAACAACCAGGAGAUUUCUUAAAUGUACUUUGUUUCAUAAAAAUGUGACAUAGUGGUUAAAAUGAACAUUUUUGCAGAAAAUUUGACUGAACUGAGCAGAGAGAUAUUCAACAUACAAAAACUAUUAAAACCAGCUGCAUGUUUCUUUAUUUAGUUUAUAUAAAUCAUUCUAGAUACAAACUUUUAUGUAACUCGGACAUCAUAGAUCAUAGAUCCACUGUAGAAACAUUAUUAAACUUAUUUUUUAAAUAAAGGCGGCCUCGUGUUUUAGAAAAGAAUAAGAGAAUACUUAGUCUAGUUCUGUGAUCAGCCCAACAUGUGAGGGACUUAAAAUAAAAUUUAAAAAAAAGAACAAGAGAGGAAAAUUACUAAAAGUCAACACUGAGGUCAACAGAACCCUCCUUUGCCUCUUUAUCUCUGCAAACGUAUUUGCUCAGAGGAAUUGAAUGGUCCAGCCUCUGGAGGUGGAGGUCACCUGAGGACACCAGCUUCUGGAUUUUGACCCCGGUAUUGAUCAGGAAAUGUAACCUUGAACGGAACAGCUCCUCCCCAAAAAAAGAGUUAAACACUGAUGGAGUUACAUGUUCAGCGGCUCGUUUGAGUUUUGCAGAAACUGAUUAUAUAAUGAGAUUUUCAACCAUGUCUGGGGUUUACAGAAACAAAAAUGAAAAUAAAAAAUCUAAAUAAUGCAGUGUA